AUGAUACUGCUGAACCAAACAGAUGUGACACCAGCCUGUUUUAUUCUUAAUGGGAUCCCAGGACUGGAGGACAUGCACAUGUGGAUUUCCUUCCCAUUCUGUUCCAUGUAUGUUGUAGCUAUUGUAGGGAACUGUGGACUCCUCUACCUCAUUCGCUAUGAGGACUCACUGCACAGACCCAUGUAUUACUUCUUGGCCAUGCUUUCCUUAACUGACCUUGUCAUGUGCUCUAGUACCACCCCUAAAGAUCUUUGCAUCUUCUGGUUUCAACUCAAGGAAAUCAGCUUUGAGGAAUGUUUGGUCCAGAUGUUCUUUAUUCACACCUUCACAGGGAUGGAAUCUGGGGUGCUCAUGCUUAUGGCCUUGGACCGCUAUGUGGCCAUCUGCUACCCUCUGCGCUAUUCAACUAUCCUCACCAAUCCUGUCAUUGCAAAAGUUGGGGUUGCCACUUUCCUGAGAGCAGUAUUUCUCAUCAUUCCCUUGGUUUUCUUCACCAAGCGACUACCCUACUGCAGAGGCAACGUAAUACAUCAUACCUACUGUGACCAGCUAUCUGUAGCCAAGCUAUCUUGUGGAAAUAUCAAGAUCAAUGUUAUCUAUGGUUUGAUGGCUGCCUUCCUAAUUGGGGGCUUUGACAUCCUGUGCAUCACCAUCUCCUACACCAUGAUCCUCCGGGCAGUGGUCAGUCUAUCAUCAGCAGAAGCUCGGCGGAAGGCCUUCAGCACCUGCACUGCCCACAUCUGUGCUAUAGUUUUCUCCUACAGCCCAGCCUUCUUCUGUUUCUUUUUUAAUCGCUUUGGGAGCCAUACAAUUCCUUCAUCUUGUCACAUCAUUGUGGCCAAUAUUUACCUGCUCCUACCUCCCACUAUGAACCCUAUUGUCUAUGGGGUGAAAACCAAGCAGAUACGAGAUUGUGUCCUAAGGAUCCUUUCAGGUUCUAAGAAUACAAAAUCCUAUGUCACAUAUCCUUCAGGGAAGAGAUGA